AUGGUUCGAAAUAAUUUUAGCAGUAUAGAUGUGGACAACACCCCAAACCUUUGGGAUGGGAGUGUUCGAGAUCGGGGGUUGCCGAGGAAGGCGUGUCAACGUUCUUUGGCAGGGCUGGAUUUUCUUCAGCUUCCGCCUACUUCCGUUUUUUUUUUGGGUCUUCCACUUUAGUCUUCCGUUUUUUAUUUUCUUCCGUUCUCCCGCCUUUCGCUUUUUAAAUUCAGAAUUCUUCAGCCCUUUUCUGUGGGGUUCAUGGACA